CUUAAGGAUGAGACUGCAAAGCUUAAGACUGAGAAUACUAAACUUUUAAACCAAAUUAUAGAAAAAUAUACUAAAAAUAAGGCUGAUAUAGUAAAAUUAAAAACUGGUUUGCGGUAUCCAAUCCUCUUUAAGCGUAUUAAGAUGACAAUUCUUGAGCUUAAAGCAAAGAAUGCAAUAUUAAGACCAAUUAUAGAAGAAUUUGCGAAGAAAUCAGAAUAUAGCCACCUUGUAACUGUCUUUAACAAGAAAAAUCACAAAUUUCAAGCUAAAUAUAUUCAAAUAGCUGUGGACAUUCUUAAUGAAAAACCAAUAAUUGAAUAUCGUCCUCCUUUCUUGAACGGAUUGGAACUUGAUGCUUUCUUUCAAAAAUAUCAAAUCGUAUUGGAGGUGCAAGGAAGUCAACAUCAGCUUCAUAGCACUAGCUGGUAUAAGGAUAUCAAAAGAUUUGAGGAUAUUGUUGAUCAUGAUCAGAAGAAUAGAUGCCUUUGUCAACUUAAUGGAAUUUUCCUACUUGAAGUGUGGUAUGAUGAAAAUCUAGAAAAGGUCAUUCUGGAAAGAAUACAAAAAAUUAAAGACUUCGUUAAUCAAGCGUUUAAAGUUUUUGACCUAUAA